AGGCGUGAAAUACUAUUUUACCAUAAGGACGAACCGCAUUAUGGAUUUACGAACUUUUCACCGCAUUCUGUGACGUACGAGGGUAAACGAUACCCAACAAGCGAACAUUUGUUCCAGUCUUUCAAGUUUCAAAGACGAUGGCCUGGUCUAGCAGAGCAUAUCAGGACGUGUUCAGACAGACCGAGCGUGGCAUUCUCCGAAGCGCGUCGCUUCCAGCCACAGGUCCGGAGUGAUUGGUUGGAGGUGAAUAUCGGCAAGAUGGACGUGACAUUAUGGCACAAGUUUACACAACAUCGCGCCCUAAGGGGUGAACUGCUUGCGACCGGCGAUGCAGAGCUGGUAGAGGACUCAGAUAAGGACUCAUUUUGGGGGAUAGGUGCAGAUGGCAAAGGGAGAAAUGAGCUGGGAAAGGCGCUGGAGAGACUUCGUGCA